AUGGAAGAAAGGGCAAUACCUUCCGAAGCAAUAGCUUCAUUGCCCGAGGGCAAAUACACAGGGUUAGAUGUAACAACCUCUACAGGAAGACCUUCUCCUAAUGCAGAUCCUACGGACUCUGCUUCGGAGAUCGCAAGCCUUAAAGCAGCGCUUAUGAAAAUGGAGCGUAAAAUGGCUGCUAUAGAAGGUAAACAAAGUGUUAGUGCUGUGGAAACUGAUGUGAAUUUCCCCACAGUAAGAGGGAACCAGAUACUAAUCGUGAAGGUCCACCACCAACGGCAUUUUCUGCUAAAGAAUUUGCUGAACCAGAACGAGAACCCUUUGAAAAGAGACGAGGCGAGAAGCGGCAAGCAUCCGCCAGCCGAGAGGGACCCCCAGAUUCCAAGAGAUGUCGUCCUGAAAGUGCUGAUAAACAUACAAGAUGAUGAUCUGAAUUAUGAUGAAGAGGCAGUGAUUCUUGACUGGUACAACCGUGAUUUGAGUUUGAUCAUAGAUAAGGAGACCUUCUUGAGUGCAAAACCUAUGACUUCUGAAGAUUUUGCUUAUGCAUGGCAUGGAGUUCGUGCUAGCUAUGGCUUCCUGCGUGGUCGCUUAUUCUAUGAGGUUAAAGUAGAAGAUCACUUGGCAGUUCCUCACCUUGAAGGGGAACAACAUCCUCACAUUGUACGAUGUGGGUGGUCCAUUGAUGAUGCUGGAAUGACGCUUGGAGAGGAACCCUUCAGCUAUGGUUAUGAUGGAAGAGCAAAGGCAUCCACAGAUUUGAAAAUCAAAGAUUAUGGACAACCCUUUGGAAAAGGUGAUGUCAUAGGCUGCUUUUUGGACAUGGAUUCUAAUCCUGUCACCAUGUCAUUUAGUGUGAAUGGGAGGAAUUUUGGGAAGUGCUACGAAGUGUCUCAUCGUAGCCUACAAGGAAAAGCUUUGUUUCCUCACAUCUUGACCAAGAAUUGUACUUUCAAGGUGAACUUUGGGUCAGAGCGUCCGUCGUUCCGGCUCAAGUCAAGAUAUAGAUUUGUUGGUCAGAUCCCUCUGGUGGAGGAGAGGUGUUGGGGUCACGGGGCCUCAGACACGACAGAAUUCUGA